AUGGGGCCGAAGAGCAAACAAGCCAGCACCAACACCUCGAUGAUUUCGAGUGCAAUGAAGCAACUCACACGAUCAUACAUCGAGGAGACGCCGAGUUCAUUACUGUUGAUCGAUUCCGUGCUGGUGUUCCUGAUCGGCUCGGCAGUGAUCCAACUGGCCUAUUGCGUGCUCGUGACAAGCUUCCCGUUCAACGCCUUCCUCGGCGCCUUCUCCGUCCAUGUCGGCCAGUUCGUCCUCCUCGCUAGCUUGCGCUCCCAGGUCAAUCCCCUCAACUCCUCCCAAUUCGAAUUCGUUAGUCCCGAAAGGGCGUUUGCAGACUUCGUCUUCGGCUCUUUGGUCCUCCAUUUCUUUGCUUUCAACUUCCUAGGAUAA